GGGACGGGGAGGAGAGCGUGUGUUGAGGGGAGGAGGGCUGAGAUGACAGAAUCAGUCCAUUCCCUCGGAAUCUCCUCCCAUUCGGAGCAAGGCUCUCUCUACACACACGCUCUGUCUCUCUCUCUCUCUUACGCUCUCUCUCUCUCUCUCUCUCUCUCUCUCUCUCUCUCUCUCUCUCUCUCUCUCUCUCUCUCUCUCUCUCUCUCUCUCUCCCUACACUUAUUUCUUUACGUCUGUCUAAACUCCUACUCUCUCUGCUCUUUCCCUCUCUCUCUUCAGUCUCUAUCUCUCCGUAUCGCUCUUUAUCUCCAGUGUUGAACUUGCUCUCUUCCUGAGGGAACAAAGAAGGGUGUAUGCAAUGGCUUCCAAACUCGAAGGAAAGUGAACAUUUUGUAGUGGAAGAAGCAGAUGUACGCGGACCGAAUAUAGGAAAUAAGACUUUGAGUGUGAUUGUGCGUUUGUGUGUGUGUGUGUGUGUGUGUGUGUGUGCGUAUGUGUGUGUGCCACUAUGUGUAUCUGUUUGAGUGCAUGUGUCACACGCGAUUCACCAGGAAGACAGCCCGUCUUGUAGGAUAUCCGGGUCUGUGUUCAACCCGAGGAAGAACUGUGAGUCCACCCGGACCGUCCGCCCGACCCACGCCAUCACCCAAGCCCCCCCCCCACCCCCCCACCCCCCCACGAGGAGCCCCUCAUCCCCUCUCUUCCGGGACCACCAAUCCCCCCUCCCCCCUCACACACACACACACACACACUCUCUAUUUGGUCCCGGUAGCCCGGGGAACGGCGGCCUGACGCUACCAUGCUGCAGCAGAUCCUGAAGGACAUGUACAUCGACCCCGACGUGCUGGACGCGUUGGGCGAGGACCAGAAGAAGACCUUGUUCCUGAAGAUGAGGCAGGAGCAGGUGAGGCGCUGGAAGGAGCGGGAGGAGAAGGCGGAGAGAGACGGAGGACCCGGUGAACCCCUGAGGAUCAGACCAAAGAGAGCCAAUGCUAAGAGUGUGACGUGGCAGUUGGGUCGCGAUGGCGACAUUGCGGUCAUCGUCAUCGGUGAGGUGGACGAGUUCAAGACCUCAAAGAUCAUCUGCUCGGGGCUCGGGGAGAAGAAGGUUCCAGUGCUUUACAAUAGUGCCAGAGAAUCAGGGGCCGGUCUGAAGAGCAACCUGGUCCAGAGGAGUACGACAGAGCCAGCAACGAAGGAGAACCUGCCUCCUAAAGCACAACACACAGCAACGCCCAGCGCCACGGAAUGCUCUAAGGAAGUGAGCGCCUUGCCCCCUCUACAGGUGUCACUGAGCGAACGUGUGUCACCUUCAGCAGUAGAAAAGCCUGAGUUGAAUCCAGGCGGCGCCCCCGGCGACAGCCCGCCCCCUCCGGGGACGACAGUCUUCCAUCCCGCCACGAGGACCGGCGUCAUCACCGUGCGUCCGGCCUCCAUGCUCGCCGCCCUGGGCGCAGCCAGGACCGGCAGGGCCAAGGUCGCCUCGGGCGCCCCACAGGCCGACCCGGAGCCCCCGACGCCAACGCGGACGCCAACGCCGACGCCCACGUAUCUGGCCGCCGCCGUCGCCGCCGCCGCGGACCUGCCAGUCCCCACCGCCGCGCCGAGGGCCUGCUACCAACUACUGAAGCCCCAGAGGGCCACGCCGACGCAGGAGCCCAGCCGCAGAGAAG